GCGCCAUCUUGCAUGUGUAUUUGUUAUUAGCACGUUCGCUGCGUUCGAGAAGGCUCGUGAGGCUCGUGAAAGGUAGUUUCUGAGGCGUUCCGUCGUUUCGUGGCUGCAUUAUUUGCAAAUUGUGAUAAAGAUUGGACGCUCAUCAUGUCUGAGACGGACUGGGACACUGUCACGUACCUGCGAAAGAAGCCUAUGAAGGCUAGUCAGCUGCGCUCUCAACAGGUAAUCAAUGCAGCACAAAGGCAGGGAGUGCCAAUCGAGACCACAAAAAAAUUCAACGCUGCGACGAAUAAGAAGACAGUCACUACCUUAAAUACUGCUAAGCUUGACCGAGAGACUGAGGAGUUGCAUCACGACCGCAUUGGCCUGGACGUAGGAAGACUCAUUCAACAAGGCAGGCAGGCCAAGAACAUGACACAGAAGGAACUGGCCACCAAAAUCAAUGAGAAGCCUCAAGUGAUAAAUGAUUACGAAGCUGGUCGUGCCAUACCAAACCAGCAAGUCUUGGCAAAAAUUGAAAAAGUGAUUGCUUCUACUGUGCUGCCGAAGAUAUGUGAACCGAGAUAAAGAGCAGUUUUACCAUGCUGACUGUACAACAAUAUAGUAGUCUCACUGACGUCAGUGCAUACCCCCUAUUAGAACAGAUACUGUGUUAAAUAUUUUUUCUGUUGUUACUGCUGUUUACGUAAUAAUUGCUAUGCCAUGUUUCUUUUUUUUUUUUUUACAACAGUCAGUUGUAGCAAAAAAUGGUUGCAUAACAUGUUUAUUGUAUGGAAAGUGGUUAGUGGAGAGAGAAACUAGACUUUGCACUCAAUGUCUUCAGAAGGCAUCUUAUUUUUUAGUGAAGACAGCAGUGUAGCAGAUUUAAACUUUUCUUUUUUAAUUUAGAAAAAUUUUAGCAGAUUGAAGAAUACUGUGUAUUGCAAAAGCAAACAUUCCGAAGCGAUUUUGCUUAAAUGUUUGCACAGCAGGCCAAUUAGAAUUUAUUCGUGAGUAGUUCAUAAGAGUACUCUCAUUUUCAUUUUUUAAGCAUCCCAAAUUUGUGCAUAGAAUUGUUGAGCUCCUUCUUGUGGAUAUUAUUUCGUCGGGAAAGCAUGCAGUGAAAUAGUAGUGAAUCGAGCAGGUUUGGAGCAGUGGGCCUCGAGUGUUGCAGUUAUACCUUCAAUCACUUCAGUAGUCAUUCGCAAAGUGUUUCCAUUCCAUUGCAGUUGCUUUAGCCUGGCAGUACAGUGACUGUUGCUCACCACAUUGCCUUCCUAUUUACUUGCCAAAAUCUUCAGACCUUUACCCAGCGCUAAAAGGACACCUGAAGCAUAAGUCACUUACUCAACUAUUGCUCCUAGAAAAUGCUACAUGUACUCACCACAAUCAGUACACUAAGCCACAGAGAACUGUGCUCAGGACAAUAAAGCAGCUAAGUGUCCUUGCAUUCCUGGUACUUGAAAGAGCAUGAAUAUUCUUUAGUUUGGUUUUUCAGAAGUAUGACUUUAAGCGCUCAGGAUUUUCAAUUUUAUCCUCUUCAAACUGACAAGCAAACAAAAUUGUUUACCUUCAGUUCAUGUUUGUUUGAGAUCAAUGGAAGUGUACAGCAACAAAGAGAUUAUUUGCCGUCUUUUUUUGUAUGUUCAAAAAUAAAGUGCAGAUAAAGUGUUUGAAGAGUUGCACGGGUCUGCAAACAUGUU